CUCUCCCUCUCUCUCACACACACGCGCACACAUUUUCUCACACACAUUUUUGGGAUAAAAUUCUCUAGGGUUUAAGCAAUUUCCCAUUCUCCAACACUGAGCCAUGUCUUCGACGCUAGAAAUCGAAGCUCGAGAUGUUAUCAAGAUUGUACUACAAUUCUGCAAAGAGAAUUCUCUGCAUCAGACUUUUCAAACACUGCAGAACGAGUGUCAGGUUUCGCUAAAUACAGUGGACAGCCAUGAGACUUUUGUUGCUGAUAUUAAUAGUGGGAGGUGGGAUGCAAUCUUGCCACAAGUUGCCCAACUUAAACUUCCAAGGAAAACAUUAGAAGAUCUCUAUGAGCAGAUUGUUCUGGAAAUGAUUGAACUUCGGGAGAUUGAUACUGCCCGUGCAAUUUUAAGACAAACUCAGGUGAUGGGCGUCAUGAAACAGGAGGAACCAGAGAGAUACUUACGACUUGAACAUCUACUGGUUCGGACUUACUUUGACCCGAAUGAGGUGUAUCAAGAUUCUACAAAGGAGAAAAGACGUGCUCAAAUAGCUCAAGCUGUUGCAGCUGAAGUUUCAGUAGUUCCACCUUCACGGUUGAUGGCUUUGAUCGGCCAGGCUUUAAAAUGGCAGCAGCAUCAAGGUUUACUGCCACCUGGAACACAAUUUGACCUGUUCCGAGGUACUGCUGCUAUGAAACAAGAUGUAGAAGAUAUGUACCCGACGAACCUUGGGCACACUAUUAAGUUCGGGAAGAAUAGUCAUCCAGAGUGUGCUCGGUUUUCUCCUGAUGGUCAAUUCCUUGUUUCUUGUUCAGUUGAUGGAUUUAUUGAGGUCUGGGACCAUAUAAGUGGGAAACUGAAGAAGGAUCUCCAGUACCAGGCUGAUGAAACAUUUAUGAUGCAUGAUGAUGCUGUCCUAUGUGUUGAUUUUAGUAGGGACUCUGAGAUGAUUGCCUCCGGGUCACAAGAUGGAAAAAUAAAGGUUUGGCGUAUCCGAACUGGUCAGUGCUUGCGUCGACUUGAGCGUGCACAUGGUGAAGGUGUCACUAGUGUUAGCUUUUCUCGAGACGGAACCCAAUUGUUGAGUGCAUCAUUUGACACCACUGCUAGAAUUCAUGGCAUGAAAUCCGGGAAGAUUUUGAAAGAGUUCCGUGGUCAUUCAUCAUAUGUUAAUGAUGCCAUCUUCACAGCUGAUGGUUCUCGUAUCAUAACUGCAUCCAGUGAUUGCACUGUGAAAGUUUGGGAUGUGAAGACUACAGAUUGUUUACAGACAUUUAAGCCACCACCUCCACUACGGGGAGGUGAUGCGUCUGUGAAUUCUGUUCAUCUUUUCCCCAAAAAUACAGAUCACAUAGUUGUCUGCAACAAGACAUCGGCAAUAUACAUCAUGACACUCCAAGGGCAGGUGGUAAAAAGUUUUUCAUCCGGUAAAAGAGAAGGUGGAGAUUUUAUGGCAGCUUGUGUAUCAACCAAAGGAGAGUGGAUUUAUUGUGUCGGCGAAGACAGAAAUCUAUAUUGCUUCAGUUAUCAAUCUGGCAAGCUAGAGCAUCUAAUGAAGGUACAUGAGAAGGAUGUGAUCGGCAUCACUCACCAUCCCCACAUAAACCUCAUCGCCACCUAUGGCGAAGACUGCACCAUGAAAUUAUGGAAGCCGUGAAGAACUUUCUAGUAGCAGCUUGCAAUUGUUUCUACCAUACUACAAUUUCUACCAUUUUUGCUUUCAUUUUUUCAGAUUAUCUAGGCUGUUUGUAAUGAUGUAUAUUCCAUCUUUUUCAAAAUCUUAUUUAAAUAGACUUGCAUGUGAACGUUGAAGAUGUAGCGUUUGUCAAAAGAUCUCUAAACUUUUGUUUGUAUUGAGAUGGAUACCGCACUUUGUAGAGACUGGAUUUAUUAGAAAAAUUUAAACAAAAUGGGCAUUAAACUUAUGCAGUAA